AUGCCGAGUCCGCCCAGCUCUGUUAUCGUCGUCGACGACUCGAGCGACGAGGAGCCAGCGCCCGCCAGUGGCAGACAGAGCGCUCCAUUGCUUGUGAGCUCGUCCGAUGAAUCCAAAACCUCUCGCUCCAGUCUUCCAAAGAAGGCGCGUGUGUCAUCGCCUAAGGUCUCCCAUUCUAGCACUGUGGCCAGCUCUCCAAAGGUUAUGAGCUCCACCCAUAACAGUGAGUCCGAGGAGGAGCAACCGUCUUCUAAUGACCAAGACGAAGACGAUACCAGUGAUCAGUCAGCGUCUCUUAACGACAAGAAAGAGAAAAAUAGUACUGCUGGCCAUUUUAAUGGAACGACGGACUCUGAUAAUGAUACAAGUGGGGAGACGACGCAGUUAAGGUUCGCUGAUACUGACGGACGCAUGUUUGCGGACGCCAUGUCGUUCAGCGAGCUGCAGGCCCAGCAACGGGAGUUCGAGAGGCUACAGACGAUGGCCCAUCGCAAGUCGGCGCCUCGCAACACUACACGUCGACCGACUACAGGCACUAAACGCAAGGCAAGUGAAGCAGCUUCGAAGAAGAACAGCUCUCCAGUGUCUCGAACUAAAAGCUCCGUGCUGAAGAAGACCGCGUCUCCGUCUCCCUUUGACUUUGACUUUCCCGGUUCAAGUGACGACUCAUCCGAGUCUUCAUCGUCCACGGACGAGAACCGCGCAGGUUUCUUGAGUCCCCGAAGUAAGUCGAUGUCUCUUAAAGACGUAGUGGCGCAGGAGCGGGAGUUGGCACGUCUACGUGACGAGAAAUCGAAAAAGAAGGAACGAGCUGCGCCUCCCAAGAAGAAGAAGAAGAAGGUGACAGCCAAACUAGCAGCGAAGCAACCGACGUCCAAGUCGUCAAAGGCGUCAGCGCAAACUUUGUCGGUCUUUUUCUCGAAAUCCCAGAGCAAAAAUAACGUUAUCGACGGCACUGCGUGGUCUGAGUCGGAGAUAAGUGACGAUGGCAAGGUUAACGACAAGAAAUCGAAAGCGUGGUACGAGCUCGAGCCAUUGCUGGACGAGGAAGUUAGCGACGAAGAGUAUAGACCCAGCAAGCCCAAGACGUCGACUGCAGCUUGUUCGAAUGAGCAACAAGGGAAGAAUAGCAAGACAAACAAGGCGAAGAAGCCUUCCAAGUCAAAAGCCAAGAAACCAGACAACAAGUCACGACCUUCGUCUGCAGUGCAGAGUCCUCAGCCUGCACAACCUGGAGUUGUUUCGGACACACUGGCACGCUUUAGAAAUGCGCGGGACACGGUGAUGCACAGUACCGUGUGGCGCAACGUGUGUUUCGACACGGCGCCGACGAAUUUGCUGCCUCUGGAUGCGACUGUGGCACUCCCGUUUUACUCGGAGUAUGACCAACCGCUGUUGACCUACGAUGUGGACGGUGACUUGAGGAGCAAGUGCAAGCUGCUGCCACAAUUCGGGAAAUCCGCGCAGUUUAUUUCAGCUGCGCUAGUGGCCGAUGAGCCCGAGUUAACCGCCACACAAGAAGACAUGGAUACCCGCGUGACAGACGUCAUCCAGCGUGAAUUGCCCCGACUUCGAGCGUGUCAUCAGAGGAAAACGACGGCGCUUCUAACCGAAUCGAGAUCGAAAGUUCGAGCGUAUCUCGCGGCACAGGAGACGCUUCAGAAACAGCGACUGGCGUCCCAUCCGGAAAGCAAGCGUCUGGGUGCUGUGGAUGUACUGGACAAAUCUCUAUUGAACCAAAUGAAGCAGGAAAAGCUGACACAGCAGUUGUCGUUGGGGUACGCGAACAUCUGGGGCGAGACACUAGGCGUCGAGGAGAAACUCUAUCCCCAAGACGUCAACCAGCUGCCUAUUAUUCGGCCACUUAGUAGAUGUACAGCAUAUAUCGGCAUACAGGCCAAUGUCCGCGUGGAAGACGACCCGAUUUUGCGAUACAAGCCGUACUUUGGUGAAGAUGACGACGGUGCAGACAUCGAUGAGGCGUGGUACGAUGCCGUCGCGCCCAAGAACUCCAGUCUCUCGACCGGUCUGGAUGGCGAAGUGAAUGAGUUUAUGUUGCGUCUUGUAGUGCGGGAGUGCGGCCCGACGGAGAACGUGUUUAACGCGCUGAAAAAAUUGUCUGGCUUUGCGCAAGCGUACUCCGACUACGCGGAGAUCAAGAAGUUGGACGAUUCGACUCGACUUGCUGCACGGCGUAUCAAGGAGGCGAAGGAUCUGAUCGCGAGUAAGCCCGCGGAGUUCCCGUUGACAAAGGUUGCAGUCUUGGAGCCGGCACUUGGACGCAGUGGCGAGUCGCAGCAGACGCUGGAGGAGAGAUUAGCACCGCCACUGACGUAUUUUGACUCGAAUCUGGCAAGGAAUCACGCCAAUCGGAGCUAUGGGAUGGGUUUGCGUUCGACUGGCGAGUAUUCCGAGCUGCUGGUCACGUAUCGCGACAUGUUCUGUCGGAUGUGCUACGAUUAUCACUGUCUUGAGCACGGUAUCGAGCACCCGCUUCCGGCUCAUCGAGUUGAUCCUGUCAACCCGCCACUUCAUCUGUCAGCUGUAGCACUGGCUGCUACUAGGAAGAAAGAGCUGGAGGACAACGUGGAAAAAGAGCAGGGCGAGAGUGUGGAUCCGUCUAGCCACAGCCCAGAUAGUUGUGCGUCCACUGUGAGCCCUCCACCGAGUGCAGACGCCAAUUGCUCAGCUGAAGACAACGUCAAAAGCGACGAUACCCACGACGAUGUGCAGACGGACGAAGACGUUGCUAUGGAGAAUGGAACCACCUACGAGACUGCCACGGACGAGGACGUGGCACUUACCGGAGACUCGCUUGAAACACGCCGAUCUACUCGUGCUGCGACGAGGAACAGCACGUUAGCCAGUCGGAGCUUGACAAAGCAAGCUGCGAGGCCAUCGAAAAGGAAACAAUCUCGUCCCCAGCGCGUGCAGAUUUACCCUGAGGUGGCGGAUGCGUCCGAGUACCUGGACGAUUCUCACUAUGCUCAGGUGACUGCCAUUGUCAAGAAGUCGCUGAAAGAUGAUGAGAAAUGCUCGAGUGAAUGCUGGAAAGCUGAACAAUUGAGCCUCGUUUCUGACGACUUGAAGACUGCCGCCAACGCAUUAAGUGACACUGAACUGGUUCUACUUCGCAAGCUUCGUACUAUCAUCGGUGACAACCCGUGCAUCAUUGCGUCGAUGGUCAAGUCGACGACGUGUAAGGAAGUCGGAGCGUUCUUGGGAUCCGAGCGACAGAGCAAACCUAUUCGCACCAGCUCAAUGGACGACAUGCCGCUCUCGCCUGAUGGCCGUUCGAUUCACAAUGGCCGUAAGCGUGGACGAGCGAGGAACUCGCGGAGUAGUAACAACCGUAUCCUGCUUAACCGAACCAGAAACAACCGCUUGAAGGACAAGGGAGCGAACCACGAGUACGAGCCAUGCAACCACGAAGGCGCAUGCGAUUCGAAUGACUGCUCGUGCAUGACUCGAGACCACACGUGCGACAAAGCGUGCUCGUGCUCUCGUGACUGUCCCAACAGGUUCCCCGGUUGCAAGUGCAGUCUCGGUAAUUGCCGAACCAAGGCGUGUCCGUGUUUCAUCGCUGCACGCGAGUGCAAUCCCGACUUGUGUACCACUUGUGGCGCUAGCGAAGUGCCUGCGUUGGGUUUCGAUGAGGAGCGCAGGAACAUGUCUGCACUGGACUUAGGUAUCUGCUGUAACGUGAAUAUCUUGCGUGGUCAGCACAAGAAAAUUGGCGUGGCGUACUCUACCACGCACGGAUGGGGAGCGUUUGCCAUGGAACCGAUCAAGCGUGGCGAGUUCAUCUACGAAUACCACGGCUCGCUUCUUUCCCAGGACGAAGCGGAACGACGUGGAAGUAUCUACGACAAGAUGACUAUCAGCUUUUUGUUCGAUGUGGACGACGACUCGGUCGUCGACGCUAUUCGCAAGGGCAAUAAGAGCAAGUUUGCGAACCACUCGGCAGUAUACAAAAAGUGCAAGGGAAAAGUUCUGACGGUAAAUGGCGAGCACCGAAUUUCCAUUUGGGCCCAGCAAGAUAUUUCCAAGGGCGAGGAGCUGUUUUUCGACUACGGCUACCAUGGGGAAACUGCUCCAGAUUGGAGUCAGCUUCGUAUCAAGGGGGCAGCGCGUCACGGAUCCUCGAAAAAGACGGAAGUGAAGGACAAGAAGAAAGAGAAUUAA